GAAUCGAGGUGAGAAAUGGAGGUGUGAGAUGAGUUCUGGUAGUAAUGGAACCCAAAAUCCAUCAUAAAACUAGAAGCAGCCGACUUGGAGUCAUAAGCUCUCACUUCUCCACCGUCUUCCCUUCCGAACCUCCGAUCCUCACUCCCAUGGCUUCCUCCGAGAAAGAGGCUGCUCUUUCUGCCGUUCCCUCCGAUUCUCCCACCAUAUUUGAUAAAAUCAUCAACAAGGAAAUACCUGCGAAAGUGGUUUUUGAGGAUGAUAAGAUCCUUGCUUUUAGAGACAUUUCUCCUCAAGCUCCCACACACAUUUUGAUCAUUCCAAAAGUUAAGGAUGGCUUAACUGGACUUUCCAAGGCUGAGGAGAGGCACUUGGACAUUCUUGGCCGACUUCUUUACACAGCUAAGCUAGUUGCUAAACAAGAAGGCCUGGAUGAUGGCUUCAGAAUUGUGAUCAACGAUGGUCCAAAUGGAUGUCAAUCUGUUUAUCAUAUUCAUGUCCACCUCCUUGGAGGAAGGCAAAUGAACUGGCCCCCUGGGUAAUCUGAAUUCUGCUUGGACGCUGGGCCAUCGGGAUAGAUAUGUUUGCGGAGUAAACUGACUCCCCUGCUCUUAUUGAAUAAUUAUCAAAUACUAUAAGCUUGUCUGCAGUUACUAUAAACGGGCAUGCUGCAUAAAAUUAUCUGAAAUGUGCUUUCAAUGGAAUGCUAAGCUUGUAUUUCAUUUAACCAUACCGACACCAGUAUUAACAAUAAACUGGACUUUCUCUGAUGACCUUGGCUGUGUUACAUAUGAAGGUAGAUACUGGACAGUGACCCUUUCCAUUGUUGCUGCGUUUAGUAUUGUAAAUGCUCAAACCAAUCUACCUAGUGAAUAACCAAUAGUUUCGAGUUCCCUAAAA